CCUCACAUAGAAGAAGAAAGGCGAAUAGUCAUGGCGGCUGACAGUUUGUAAUGAGCCAACAAAAACACAUAAGAUUCUUGCAAGUUGGAUCUACAACGUUUAAACUAGGCCUGGGGAUUAAAACUCUGUCGACAAAAUGCAGAUAACUCUGAAAACCUUACAACAGCAGACGUUCAAAAUCGACAUCGAUGAAGAGGAGACGGUUAAGACUUUAAAAGAGAGGAUUGAAGAGGAGAAAGGAAAGGACCAUUUUUCAGUUGCUGGACUGAAGCUGAUAUAUGCUGGUAAAGUCCUCAGCGAUGACACAGCCCUCAAAGAAUACAAAAUCAAUGAGAAGAACUUUGUGGUUGUCAUGGUGACAAAGCCUAAAACGGCCUCAGCCACUCCGCAGCCUUCCCCCGCCACUUCAGCUUCCAGCACUGCAGCUCCCGCAGCACCUCCUGCCUCAUCGUCCAGCUCUGAAACCUCAUCAGAGCGUGCCUCUACAGAUGAAAAACCUGAGGAGAAAGAGUCUUCCACUGCUGAACCAGCUUCCACCCCUGUCGGGAGCUCUGAGGCUUCAACAAACACAAACCUGAUUGAUGAGGCAGUUUCAAAUCUAGUAACGGGCCCAUCCUACGACGCCAUGGUGAACGAAAUGAUGCUCAUGGGAUAUGAGAGGGAGCAGGUGGUGGCAGCUCUGAGAGCGAGCUUCAACAACCCAGACAGAGCUGUGGAGUACCUGCUCACGGGCAUUCCAGGAAGAGAUUCAGGCCAAGCAACAGGACCUGAUGCAGUGGUGCCUCCAGUGAGUGGAGUUUCAGCUGUGUCCUCCGGUGGUAUCAGCCUUCCCGCCAACCCGGGCUCUGGGGGAGGCAACCCUCUGAGUUUCCUAAGAAAUCAGCCCCAGUUCCACGUGAUGCGACAGCUGAUCCAGCAGAAUGCCGCUCUGCUUCCUGCCCUGCUGCAGGAGAUCGGCAGGGAAAACCCCGAGCUGCUGCAGGAGAUCAGCAGCCACCAGGAGCAGUUCAUCCAGAUGCUGAAUGAACCCAAUCCAGAGGCAGUGCCAGCAAGUGGUGGAGGUGGAGCGGGAGGAGCAGGAGGAGCCAGCGGGAUGGGAGGUGACACAUCCGGCGGCAGCCACAUGAGCUACAUCCAGGUCACGCCACUGGAGAAAGAGGCCAUUGAGAGGCUAAAAGCUUUAGGAUUUCCAGAGGGACUCGUUAUACAAGCUUACUUCGCUUGUGAGAAGAACGAGAACUUGGCCGCCAACUUCCUUUUACAACAGAAUUUUGACGAUGACUAAAUCGUCAUUUUGACUUUUUUUUUUUUCUUAUUUCUUCCUUCUAUUUUUUGAUUGCUAAAUAUACGUGUACAACAAGCCUUUUACAUUUCCAAAAAAAAGAAAAAAAAAUUCACCACUUCCACCUUUACUUUUCUUAAUAACACUGGAUCAUUAUCAGCUGGUGUACAAGGACAGGCUGUUGUUUUUGAUCAGUUCGAAAUGGAGGAACAAUUAAAGAACAAUAACUUUGCAUUAGAAAUCACCUGUGUGCUAUUGUUUUUUCUUAAUACUUUGGUUAAUAAAUAUGAUUUGCAGUAUGCGUCACAUUAUAAGGUGAUUUGUUCAGGGUAGAUCUGACAGUAUUCAUGCACUCUUACUGUUCUGUUUUUUAAGUUGACAGGAGAUUUGAAAAUUAAAGCUGUGCACAACAAA